AUGUCGGCGCCCGUCCAGGUGGUGCCCCUCUACCGAUCCAUCCUGCACCAGGCACGCCUCCUCUCCCACACCUGGUCAGACCACACCCUCCUCCGCUCCCACGCCCACCUCGCUCGCCGCAACCUCGAGCCCCUUCUACCUCGCUCUCCUCCUUGCGAUCCCGGUCCCAGCUCGAGUCGCAGCCGUGCGCCGCAUCCACCAGCCCAGCCCCCGCUGCUCGACGACGACCUCGACCUCCAAUGGCCCCCCUCGACGACCCAAAAACGCAUCAAGCGCGCACGCAUCCACCUCCGCCACCUCGCAGACGCCAACAUCGGCUGGCCCCAUGCCGUAAAGCGCGCAAUCGACAUUGCCUACGCCCGCCGAGGCAAGCUCCGCCGCGACGCCCUCGCCCUCCUCAGCCCACAACCCUCGUCGGCACCCGAGGAGCAGCGCUACCCGCGCCGGCUACGGCACAAAGACGUCCACCCCAUCCUUGCCCACCUCCUCACCACCCAGGAGUCGAUGCGCGGCGCAGCAGCACGACCCCAGCACCUCAAACGCCUCCCUCCGCCUUACCUCCCGGCGCUCGACGACCCCGUGCUGGUCAAGUUUGGCAAACGCGUGGGGAGAACGAGGAUGGCCAACGCCUGGCGCAAGUGGGCAGGCGCACAGCUGAAAAAGGUCAUCCUGCCCAUCGACGUGCAGGUGCCGGGCGGCGGCCAAGCGGAGCGCUUCAGAGGGAUCGAGGAGCGCGCGGCCAGCUUGGACUGCCCGCUGCCAAGGCGGCUGCGUAGCGGCCAGGCUACCACGACCGCGGGUGCGAAUGCGGCAUCGUCAACGCUUCGAGUCGACCCCGGGCCUCGCAAGGCGCCAUCACCGCCCUACCUCGACCAUGCAAGGGCGGAGGCGGAUCGACUGAGCUCCGGCAUGCGCCCACAGGCCAUGCGCAAGCAGUCCCUCCGCACGCACGGCUGGAGCCGCACACCAAAGGACUAUGCCAGGCAUGCCAGAGCACGGCGGCGCAUCUACGCUGGCCUGCUGGAAAAGUCGCCGCUCCUCCGCCUUGCAUCGACUGCCGAGGCCGAAAGCGUCCAAGCAUCGAUCGACUCCGCUGUGCCAUCGGCGCCCGGAUCGGGUCCACGAGGAGGGGUCGGCCGGGAUCCACUAGGCCUCAAGGCGCAGCUCCGCGAUGCCAUGGAUCGGCCUAGCAAGGCGUCAAUCGGCAUCUCGGAGCAUGCCACCAGGAGACGCGGACCCAGGGGUGCUGCGCCUGGGUCGGAACGCGCGCUGACGGAUCAAGAGAUCAAAUUCCUCGAGCAGGCCGGCAUCGUCAGCGCGUCCAGAGCGUGA